GGGGGAGGGGCGAGCGGCUGUUUUUCGGUGGAGUUUCCGCUCGUUGGCUGGGGCCCCUGAGCAGGAAGCGGGCGGCGUCGCUGCUCUCGGGGCUCGGGCCUGGCCCGAGGCAUGCACUAUGGAAGUAACUACAUUGAUUCCAUUGAAGUCUGAUUCCACUUUUUAUGGUGGUUGUGCUAAACAAUGCUGUGAAUUGGUUCAUGAGAAAUUUAGAAAGCGUUCUUCAAAUAAACGUAAAACAGUUGAUCCCUGUGAAGUGUGGUGCAGUAAGCCAGUUCAUGUACUGAAAGACUAUUGCGAUGUGAUUAAAAUAUACAUUGUUUGGCCGUUUCUGUUUAAACUUGAGAAUAAACCUGUAGUAACUGAUUUCAGCAAUUCCUACUUUUGUGAGCUAAGUUUGAAGAGACUCUGGGAUAUUGAAGUUCUGGAAGACAUUGUUGACUUGGCUAAGAAAGUUGUGAACAAUCCAUUUUUUAUCGGUGGCAUACUGAGUAUUGGUACUCGAAUAGAAAAUAGAGUUUUUGAUAUUGGGGCUGCCCUUGCCUGGGUGAAAUGUACAGGCGAGUUCAAUGUUCUACAGAAAUUAGAAGAACUUGGAGAUUACUGUUGGCCUCCUCUAGAAGCUUUCUUUGCUAAAUAUAAACAUUAUAUAACUAAAGUUGCAUUGGAAGACUGCAAUUUAGUUGAAGAGUUUGAAGCUCAGAGUUGUGAAAACUGUAUAAAGAAAAGUGAAUUUAUGAAAAAGAAAGGAAAUUGUGAGUUUUCCCAAGAGAAAUUUGCUUUUGCUAUAAGCUCAUACACUAAAGCCAUAGAAUUUUGUCCUGAAAACCAUCUUCUUUAUGGUAACCGGGCUCUCUGUUUUCUUCUCACUGGACAUUAUGAGAAAGCUCUUGUUGAUGGAAAAAGGGCCACUAUUUUGAAGCCUAAUUGGCCAAAGGGUCAUUAUCGCUUCUGUGAGGCUCUCUCGUUGCUGGGAGAACAUGAAUGGGCCCUGGAAGCUAAUGAGAGAGCCCAGGAACUCUGCAAGAAUAUUCCUGAGCGAGUUAAGGAUCUUAUUCUGCAAAACACAAAGUUAAGGAAGGAAAUGGACGAAAUUAAAGGUCUGAAAGUGAGUAAACACAGAAGAAAGAAAAUAUUUUUUGAGAAAAAAGAAUGUGGUUCUUCACGGUCUGAUUUAUUCAGUUCUCAAGAGUCAAAAGAAAUGGACAAAGAAAGGAGGAAAAUACAAGCGGACUCGAAAGACCACAGCUGUCAUCAAAAAGAGAAUAUCAGGGUGACUACUGAUGCUAUAAGUGCAAAAAAUAAAGACUGGUCUUCAGCACUUUCAUCAGUAACAGGAGAGAAUCACCAAAAUAAAGGAAAACUAAAGAACAAAACCAGUGAUUCUGAAAAGACAAGAGAUCAUCUGAGUUUGAAGACCGAUUCUAAAAACAUCCAGGAUAAACUCUGUAGUGCUAUCCAACAGGUGGAUUUAACUGUGUUGCCAGAAAUGUUGAAGUCGCUUGUUCAUGAUGGCUAUACAGCCUUGACGGACCAGCGUUGUCACAGUGCUAAACAAUUCUUUUCACGGUUAUUGAAUAUUUUGGAUCCUUCAGAGUUAAAGCAGCUGAAUCUUGCUGUUAUUGACUAUGUGGUGGUCAUCUAUGGACAUGCCACUGCUCUCCUUGGAAUAGGACAGCCUGAGGAAUUAGCAAGGGCUGAAGACCAGUUUAACACAAUAAUUGAGCAGUAUCACAAGGAGAGAUUUAAUUGCUUGGCACAUUAUGGAAUUGGAAAAGUAUACCUUAGACAAAACAGAUUUUCAGAUGCUAUACAUCAGUUCAUGAAAUCACAUACAAUGAUUAAUCGUAAAAUUGUACCUGGAAUAUUAACUUGGCCCACAACAUCUGUUGUCAUUGAAGAGACUCGGACUGAGAAAUUACAGUUGAUUUUGGAGAAUUUAAUUGAGGAGUGCAAGUUUCCUCCAGAGCCAGAUGCAGUUUGUUCUUAUCAGCAGUGCCAUGGGCAUUCGAAAAUUCAAAUCUAUUUUACUGACCCAGACUUCAAGGGUUUUAUACAGAUUACUUGCUGUCUGCAGUGUAAAGUGGAGUUUCACAUCAGCUGUUGGAAAAAGCUGAAAACUACAAUUUACAGUGAUAAAAAUGACAAGGAUUUUCUUCAAGACUCAUGCUUCACUCCUGAUUGUAGAGGCCUCAUUUCAAAAAUUGUUAUCUUCAGUUCUUCUGGUCUCGUGAAAUGUGUGUUUGAACAAAAAAUCCCCAAAAUUAAGGAUCCACCAAGAGCCAGUGUUAAACAGAAAUGUUCAAGUUCUAGGAAGCUAAAAAUAAAAGAAGAAAAAAAAUUAAAGAGAAAGCGUGUAAGAGAAGAAGCACUGAACUCUGCAAAAGUUAGUGUGGAAGAAAAUAAAAGGGAAAAUAAUACAUCUAAGUAUGAUGGUCAUAAAGGUUCUGUUCAGAGGUUCUUAUUUGCUAGUGAUAGAGUCCUGCAGCAUAUUUUGCAGAACAUUGAACAGAUAAAAACUGGUGUACAUGACACUUCCAAACUUCUAAGUGAACUACUUUCUUGGUGGGUAAUAAGUGAGGAGGAUUACAGAGUGUGUUCUACAAGUAGCAGUACAUCAAAUGAAGUGAUGGAGCAGCUCAUAAGCCAUUUAAUUCAGAAGAAGAAUAGAGUAAACACAAGAAUUUUUGUCCAUGUGCUGAGUGAGCUUGAAGAAGUGGAUCCCAAAUUACAUGAGUGGAUAAAAGAUCUUAACAGUUUUGGUUUGGAAGCCACAAAGAUCUUUUUCUCUCGUUAUGGAGAUAUAGUUAAAGAGCUUGACCUUAGCUUUAUAACCUUUCUAUGGAAUGAGAAGUAUGGCAGUAAAUUAGACAGUGUGUUGACCAGCUUUGAAGAUAAUGAAAUACUUAAGUGUUUCUAUGAAGCAUCAUUGAAGGAAACUCGAUGUGUAAUAUGGCUAUUAGAGGAUAACAGAGAGAAAUUUCCAUCUCUGCAUCAAGCUUUAGAUGAAUUCUUUGAUAAAAUGGAUGUUCCUUGCAUUAUAUUAAAGAAGCAGGAAAAUGAAGAUAUCGCUACUAAUGGUAUCAAAGUUAAAAACAAAAAUAGGAAGAAGAAGACAAAAGAAUCAAGGCCUAUUUUAGUACUAUCUGGUGGGGUUGGUGCAGCAACCCGAGAAGAAGACAAUAUAUUUCCCGAAGAAAAUACAUUAAGUUUUAUGAAUCCUGGUGAGCCUUUCAUAAUUCCAGAAUAUCUUCGUGAUCAAGUGGAAGAAUUUGAAGCUCUGUAUGACAAUGUUUCAGACAGUAACAAUUAUCAGAGACUUUUGGAUAAUAACCCAGACCCAACAUGUGAAAGUUUAUAUGAAUAUUUCUCUCAGAUCUUGGAGGAACAUGGUCCCAUGGAAAUUGAUGAUAAAUUGUUAGUUGGAGAAUAUGAACAUUUCCCUGCAGAAGCUCGUAAGAUUGUGGAAGAUGCAGGUGGUCUGAAACCUUUCCUUCUGGAAUCCCUUCAUUUUGUUAUGAUGAAUGAUCUUAUUGGCUUGAUGAAGCAUGCCGUUCUGCUUAAGGAAAAUACAGAGACUGAGGAAGAUACUAGAAGUGAAGAGGAAAAUCACAUAGCCUGUCAAAAUAUUCAUGGAAAUUCCAAGAGCAAACUACAGUUAAACCCAGCUGCUAAAGAAUUCAAACCAGUGUCUUAUAUUAAACCUUAUAUGCCAAUUUCUACUAAUACUACAGUAGAAAACUGUGAAACUCCAGAUUAUUCAGUCAUGGGAUAUUCCUCACAUAUUUCUUAUAUUUCAAUGCAUUCUCUCCCUAGUCAGAGUAUUGAUACCAUAGAAGAAUCACUAUCUUUUUCAAAUGUAUUGCUGCACUCCUCUAUUUCUGAUAAUCAUGAUAUACCUCUGACUAAGGUUUCCUCAGGUUAUGAAAAUGAAAGAACGUUCUCAAUGAUUUCUCAAUUACCUCCUAUUCCAGAUGUUACUGGGCAACCUAGUUAUAUAUAUGCUGAUUCUGAAGCUCCUCUUGAUAUUGAUAAAACAAUAAUAUCAGACAGAGAGUACAUAUCUGGCAAUCAUAUACCAAGUCAAAUACAAACAUACCAGGACCCUCAGUAUGUAUUGGUGAAGUCAGACUACAGCUCUUACGAAGAUAAUCUUGACCAGGGUAUGAGCAAUAUUAAGGAAGUUAAAAAAUAUGAUAUAUCUGCUGUUAAGAUGGAAUUUGAGAAUAAAAAUAUACCAGUAGUGAAAAGCAUUCCACUUACAAGGAUGAUAGCUAUUCAGGUAAAUCAGGAAUUAGCAGAUAGGGAUGCUAAUACCAUGCCUUUUUAUCCAUUUGAAACUCAACAAGGAGAUAUUUUACGUAUGGAAAAAGAGCAUCAAGUAUUACAAGAGCAACUUAAGGAAGCAAAGGAAAAAUACGAACAGUUACAGUCCCGAAGUUCAGAUGAGACGAGUGUUUUAGAAGAGCAGUUAAAAAAAAGAGUUGAAGAAAAUAAGAUUACACAAAGAGAACUGGAUUGGUUUCACCAAGAUUUAGAAAUGGAAGUUAAGAAAUGGCAACAAGAAAAAAAAGAAAACCAAGAGAAAUUAAAAGCAACAAAGAAUACAUCCAAAAAGCUUGCAGAUACCAAUGAGAUAUACUUGAGGAACAUUGAUGAGAAGGACAAGCAAUAUACAGUGUAUUUGGAUAAAUUCCUGGAGAUCAGUAAUAAAUUUGCCAAUGAAAAAGUACAACUGGAGGAGCUAAAUAAAAAGAGCAAAGAUAAUUACCAGGAGUGUAUUAAAAGAGCUGUUGCAGCAGAGGUGUCCGUACUUGAAAACUGGAAGAACACUGAAGUAUACAAAUUACAAAGCAUAGCUGCAAAUGCAGAAGCCAAUCUUAAAUUGCUAAAGUUAAUAAGAAGUGGUUCCACUUCAGUGUUACAUCAGUUGAAGUCACAGAUUGAUUCUUGGGAAACAUUUAUUUCAAAUAUCAAGAAAGAGAUGGAAAAAGUAGAAUCUCAGUAUGAAGAGAAUAUUCACUUAGUGAAAAAUGGUGCACAGCUAAAUGAUCUCUCUAAAGUGAAAGCUGCUGAUCUUCAAUCUCCUCCUAGCAUCUCAGUAAUGCAUGGCAGUCCUCCUAUUAAUGAUCCAGCCAUCAUAAUGUAUUCAUCUGCACUUGUCCGUCCCACUUUACUUCCUGCAUUUUCAAGCUCCAAAGAUCAAAGUCCGAUGCAUUCCACACUUGAUGUGCAAACUGGAAAUAAAACAGCAUGUAGAAGUCCUAAUCCUUGUUCUGCAAAGAAUGGAUCAGUGGAAAUACCCUCUGAAACUUUAGGAGCAUUAUACUCUGAUCAAGUCCGAAUAGUCCAGCCAUUAGGGAUUUCUGGAAGUACUGCUCAGAACAUGCAGCCGAACCAAAGACAACUAAAUGAUCUAGCAUCAGCUAUGCAGUUGGGAGCUGUUAGAGUGUCAAACAAGAAGGCACUUUCAAAAGCACUUGAUAAUAUCAUUGAGCGUCUAAUGGCUAUAUUUCCCCACUAUACAAGUUUUGAUCUUACUAACUUCAUAGAAGAAGUACAAAUUAAAAAUGGAAACAAACUUCCAGGAUUGAGCUCAGAUGAAAUCCUUACCAGAGUGACAGAACUCAUUUUGGACCAUCAAAAUAAGAAAAAGGCUCCAACCUCAGCAAAGAGAGCUGAGAAGCCAGCAUCCUGUGCUGUAACUCAGACUCUGAAAGUAGCCAAGUCUGCCGUGGGAAAUGUGUCUAGCCUAUCCAAGGUAAGGCCUUCCUAUAAAACUGCUGCAAACAAAACAGCUCAGCCAUCACAGCCAGCCCAUCAGCCAUGGAGACCUGUUGGAGGACCAUCACAAUCAAAAUGGAUAAAAUCAAAUGAUUCUAUUACAUCUGAUGAUGAUCCCUGCAUAAUAUGCCAUGAAGAGCUGAGCCAGGAGGAUGUGUGUGCGCUAGAAUGUGGACACAGUUUUCACAGACGAUGUAUUGGAACCUGGCUUAAAACACAAAGGACAUGCCCAACAUGUCGAGUUCAUGUUCUAUUACCUGAAGAUUUCCCUAAGCUUCCUGGACGAAACCGACAUACCUAAAUCUUGCCUUACUAUUAAUAAUCAGAUUAGCAAGAAGAUGCAAUUCAUAUUAGUAGCUGCAAAUAAAUAAUCUUGGUAACAAAUGUAUAUGUGUAAUGUGCUGCCUAGAAACAUAGGUGCAAUCCUGGCUCUGUUGAAGUUAAUGAAGCCAGGAUUUCACUGAGUGUUAUAGGUCAUGAGAGAUAAAUAUUGUCAUUUUUAUUCCAA